AAGUAGGCAGAACCCACGCAAAAUGCACUCUCUUGCUAGAAGGGUGAGUUGAUUCUUAUACCUGCUUGUUCCAGUGACACAAGACUAAUAUCUCACUCCAUCCUGAUCUUCAAAAAACAAACAAACAGAAACCAUCUGAGGCAGAGCCAUUGUUUGAAUAUUGUAUUUGUGUGCACCUUUCUACAAUGCCCUUACUUCUAACAAGGAGUGUUUGCCAACCAUUUCAGAUUUAGCAGCAGGGCUCCUCUUGACAGACUGAGAGAGGGGUCCACAGAGGAAGAUUCAUCAUCUGAUUAAGGCUUUCGGGCCAAUUAAAACUCUCUGGACAGGAUCCUCUUUCCCUCACUUAGAUUGCAGUGAACAGAAAGCAGAUAAUCUCUCCAGGCAAUUAUCAACUCUAAAAGUGCUUGUGGUUUUAGGACUUUGGCAGAACUUGUUGAAAACAGCAUCAGCAUAAUACACUUAUACAAACUCUAAUUUCACUGGCUCUUUUGUCCCACAUGAUGCAUGAUGACAUUUAUGAAGGUCUAUUUUCUCCCCCCCAGGGUCAUUUCUUUUUUUUCUUUUAUCCACAGAGCCGCCUGCAUCACUUAAGCCCAAACUAUUACAUUAGCCAUUCUUUUCACUAGACUAGAGAACUUCUUUUUAAUUGUCCACGUCAUGGCCACCAUACAUCAAAGGUCUUUUCACCAUUCCUCCAGGACUUCCACCCUAAGGAAAGGAGCCUCUGGACCAACAUCCUCUAAGAUGUUUAUAUGGACCAGCGGCCGGACCUCUUCAUCUUACAGACACGAUGAGAAAAGAAAUAUUUACCAAAAAAUCAGGGACCACGACCUCUUGGACAAAAGGAAAACGGUCACAGCGCUGAAAGCAGGAGAGGACCGGGCCAUCCUGCUGGGCCUGGCCAUGAUGGUGUGCUCCAUCAUGAUGUACUUUCUGCUGGGAAUCACACUCCUGCGCUCAUACAUGCAGAGUGUGUGGACCGAAGAGUCUCAAUGCACCUUGCUGAAUGUGUCCAUUACGGAAACAUUUAACUGCUCCUUCAGCUGUGGCCCGGACUGCUGGAAGCUCUCUCAGUACCCCUGCCUCCAGGUGUACGUUAACCUGACUUCUUCGGGUGAAAAGUUCCUUCUCUACCACACCGAAGAGACGAUGAAAAUCAAUCAGAAGUGCUCCUAUAUACCUAAGUGUGGAAAAAAUUUUGAAGAAUCCAUGUCCCUGGUGAAUGUCGUCAUGGAAAACUUCAGGAAGUACCAACACUUUUCCUGCUAUUCUGACCCAGAAGGAAACCAGAAGAGCGUCAUCCUAACCAAACUCUACAGUUCCAACGUGCUGUUCCAUUCACUCUUCUGGCCCACGUGUAUGAUGGCUGGGGGCGUGGUGAUCGUCGCCAUGGUGAAGCUCACACAGUACCUCUCCCUGCUCUGUGACAGGAUCCAACGGAUCAAUAGAUAAAAGCAAAGUGGAUGAGAUCAUUUUCUUUAAAGCUCAAAUACUGUUUUCUUUCAUUCCUCACCAAAGAACCUUAAGUUUGUAAUGUGCAGUCUAUUAUGAGUUCCUUAAUAUAUUCUUAUACAUAGAGCAAUAAUGCAAAAGCUGUUCUAUAUGCAAACAUGAUGUCUUUAUUAUUCAGGAGAAGAAAUACUGUCUUGUGUUGGUUGGUUGUUUUCAUAAUCUUCUUUCAAUGCUGGAACUAGUGCUUCCUUUUCUCAUUCCGCCAAAAUAGGGCUCAGUUAUUCAUUUGCCAGGGUUUGUGGAGGAAUGUAGACAAUAUCAAUGUGAUAAGGUCUGUGUUGAACACAUUUCUGCAAUAUUUUUCAUCAUUCAUUGUUUACUAAAGCUGCAGCCAAAAAUUUGUUUUUCUUUUCUUACUCUAAAGUGAACCCCAUAGCAAGUGAAGGGACCAGAUUUCCUAACUGAAAGUUGUUAAUUCAUUUGUCUUGUGUUUCUACCAUAUCACUGUAACGAAGGGGGGAAACCCAGCCAGCAAUUUUCCUUUUAUUACUUUCUAUUCAUAACUUUAGAUUUUUUAACUGAUUUCCAAAACAACAAAAAGAAAGCUGUUUUCAUUAACCAAUUCUAUAAUCUUUUCCUGGGAUUUAAAUAAAAAAAUGAACAGAGUCCUUUUCCAUGUAAGACCCUGCUACUGUGUGAGGGGAUGACGCUUACAAGGAGUUUCAUCACCUGGGAACCGACUGUGGAGUAGAUGCUCUACUGCAAUCCAGGAAAGUCUGUUACUAAGAUAUUUGUGUGAAAAUCUUUAUUCAAUUUCAACUGAACUGUUAGACGGUAAAAUUAAGAUCCUACUUGCUGGUCAAGACUAGUGGACUUAUUUCAAUGGGUAGAUCUAUUGUGGCAAAUGAACAUGCUGGAAUAUUGCUCUUUGGGAAUUUAUGUUUAAUUAAUGAGUGUGUAGUCUCUCUCUUUCUAACAUGUGUUCCCUAUUGGGAUUUUAAAGCUGUGUGCACAGAAUAUUUGUCUCCUCUACAUGUUUUAUUUUUCUAUUUACAAUUGCCUUUUUUGUUGCUAGAUUUUAUACACAGAAUAGACCUUUUUUCCUAACACACACUUGAACUGAAUAACCUUUGUUGAACUGAAGAAAGCCUUUGUUCACAUUGCCAUUCACUUAUUGUGGUUGGGGGGGGAAGGGGGGUGAGGGAUUGGUUUUAAACAAAAACAUUCCAUCUUUUAUUUAACAUCAAUAUCAAAAGGAGAAAACAAACAUCUAUCUUUCUCAUCUAUAUUUAAAUACCUUUUUGUAAUGUAGUUUUCUAGGUAUUGCAAAAUUUUACAAAUCGUAUCUGUGAAAUGAAUGGUGAAACUAAUCUGAUGAAGUGAAAGUAUUCUGCAAUAUUGUAAUUCAUAGUUUGACUUUUCAUAAGCAAAUAAAUCCCUAAGGUAUAA